GAAGGGGCGUGGCCCGGGCCGGAAGCGGCGGCGGCGGCAGCGCCGGUCCUGCUCUCGUUCCCGCUCCCGGUCCGGUCCCGGUCCCGGUCCCGGUCCUGUCAUGUCGGGCCGCUGCUGCCAGGGGCAGACGCCCAGUCGUGACAUCCCGGGCCCCGGCAAGUGUCUCGCCCUGCCCGACGGGACCCCGCUGCCGCCCGGCGACUACAGCACCACGCCGGGGGGCACCGUGUUCGGGACCACGCCGGGCGGUACCAGGAUCAUUUAUGACCGCAAGUUCCUGAUGGAAUGCCGCAAUUCUCUGGUUGCCAAAACUCCCCCCUCCCACCUUCCCGACAUUCCGGGCGUUACCAGCCCCAGCGUGGAGGAGCUGAAGCUUGAAAACCACCACGUCCAGAACUGUGAGGAGAAAGUGAGCGCAGCAGGUGAGGAGGAGCAGUUUGACAUGGACAUCUAACACAGCUGCCUGGAGAGUGCUGAUCCAGUGAAGCAUCAGGACUUGUCUUGAGGAUUCCCACCAGCCAGGCUCACAGCAGCCGUGCCUUGAGUGCCUUCCUGCUCCUGGGAAAGGCAGAUUCCCUCAGGAGAGCAGAGCGUGUCCUGCUCCAGGGGCCAGGGUGCUGGAGGAGGCAUUCUCCCCCUUGGUUUUGGUUCCAGUUUUAUGUUUUUGUUAAUCAUUUUAAUACUGUAACUGUUACAGAAAUGCAAUAUAAGGGAGAAAUAAAAAUCAUAAGGAGUCUCCUGGUAUGGAGACGAAUGCAAUAAA